AUGGUUGAGACGAUGGGCGAGUUGUGUAUAACAAGUGGGGGAGGAGAGAAACAAAUUAGGGUUUCACCCUCUGCUGCAGCCAUGUUAGGCAAUGCGUGCGAGGCCUGCGGGCUUGAGCACGUAGACGACAACACGCUGCAGUCACACCUUGCCGGCAACAAGCAAUGCAGACGGAAAAUCCAUCACGCAAGGGCGGAACGCCUAGUGGAGGCGUACAGGGAGGCUAUGCGUGCAAUGCGGGGCUCCCCACCGCCGUCGCUGGUUCGGAGCCGUCCAUCAGAGAUGGCUGCGGAUGCUGGAACGGGCGUGGAAGAGCAACACGUUGAGGGCGAGCGGAUGGGAGCAGCCGAACCGGUGGCUGACGGCGCUUUGAGCGACGUCAGCAGCGAGGAUGAGGGGUUCGACACGCUGACGGAGAUGUACAUUUUCUUCCGGGACGCUGACCUUUCCAGACGGGAGGUGAACAGGCUCCUUACCAUUUUCAGCAACCCGAGGUUCUCCGUGAGGGACGUGAGGAGAUGGCUAAACUAUGUGGACGUGAGGCGCUUUGGAAAAGCGAUGGCUCCUCCCGACCUUGUGCCGUGGUUGAAAACGGAGAUAAAGUGUUACGGACCCGGGGGAAAGAUGGCGAGGCUGCCGCUGCACUACAGGAACACAGAAAUGGCGGCGCGUCCAGGCCAGAAGGGGAUGAUUCUGGGCGUUAUCGUGUACAGCGACAGCACGCACGCUUCACAUAACGGCAGGCUCCAAGCAUGGCCGGUCCUGAUUAGCCUAUUCAACAUUCCGGAGAGGCUGAGGUGGCUCGAACCAGGACACGUGCUCGCCGGGGUCCUCCCGUUCCCUCCGGAGUGGGCGACAUCCACGGAGAAGACGCGCGUGUUCCAGGAGGCCAUGGCUGUGAUAUUCGAGCCACUAUUGCGAGCGCACAGCGGAGCGGAACUCAAGUUCAUCUACGUGACCGAUGCUUCUGGGAAGGUUGUGAAGGCGUACCCUUGCUUGUUCGCGGAGGUUGGGGACUACCCGGAGUCGUCUAGGGCCACUGCGACUAUGCAGCAGAGGUCACACAGGCCGUGCAGCGGGUGCUACAUCAAAAGGGUGCAUCUGGCGGAUCUGAGGAGGGAGACGACAGUGCGCACUCCCGGGCUGCAUCGGCACACGGUGGAGGCUAUACUGAAUGCGCCUACGAGCGACUAG